AUGAUAAUCUUCAUGGUCAAGGUGUACAUAAUCCCACCCAUCUUCUUGAGAGGAGUUUUGAGCUCUUUGAAGAAUUUCAUAAAUCUCAAAACCAAUCACGUGGUUGUGGGUUUAAUCAGAAUAAGAUUUGGAGUUGUCCCCCCUGAAGGUUUCUAUAAGCUCAAUGUUAAUGGAGCUACUGACAAUGCAAUAGGCUUGCAUAGUAUUGGUGCAAUUGUUCGUAAUGAGUAUGGAGUUUUUAUGGGUUCCCUAGCCAUGCAAAGCCCUCACGGGGUUUCCAUUCUAGCUACAGAAUUGCAAGCGAUCUAUAGAGGAGUUUUAUUUGCUACAGUUGCUGGUUUUUUCCCUCUCUUCAUUGAAACCGACUCUUCUGAGGCUGUUAUGAUGAUUAAUUCAUGGGAGACUAUUUGGGCUACUGUCGGUAACAUUGUGGAUGAUGUAAGAGACUUGUUCGUGCAAUUUUCUUUAAAGGAAGUCCAAUUUCGACUUAGGGAGUGUAAUAAAGUGGCUCAUGCUAUUGCCUAUUUUGCUUUACACGAAUAA